AUGGUGGACCCCGUGGGCUUCGCCGAGGCGUGGCGCGCGCAGUUCCCGGACUCGGAGCCGCCGCGCAUGGAGCUGCGCUCGGUGGGCGACAUCGAGCAGGAGCUGGAGCGCUGCAAGGCCUCCAUCCGGCGCCUGGAGCAGGAGGUGAACCAGGAGCGCUUCCGGAUGAUCUACCUGCAGACGUUGCUGGCCAAGGAGAAGAAGAGCUACGACCGCCAGCGCUGGGGCUUCCGGCGCGCAGCGCAGCCCCCCGACGGCGCCGCCGAGCCCCGCGCGCCGCGCCCCGUGCCUGCAGAGUCCGCGGUGGAUGAAGCGGAGCCGCGGCCCGACGGCGAGGGCUCCCCGGCCAAAGCCAGGCCUGCCGCAGCGCGCAGGCCGGUUUCCGAGGACCGCGCGCCGCCCCCCAGCGUGGCGGCGCUGCGCUCCAACUUCGAGAGGGUGCGCAAGGGCGCCGGGCCGGCCGGGAGCGAUGCCGAGAAGCCCUUCUAUGUGAACGUUGAGUUCCACCAUGAGCGCGGCCUGGUGAAGGUCAACGACAAGGAGGUGUCGGAGCGCAUCAGCGUGCUGGGCAGCCAGGCCAUGCUGCUGGAGCGCAAAAAGUCUGUCGUGGGAGGCGGCGACGCGCCUAGGCCCCCGCACCGCGCGCGGGUCUCCGAGAGCGGCUGCGGCCUGGACGGCGACUAUGAGGACGCCGAACUGAACCCGCGCUUCCUGAAGGACAACCUUAUCCAGGCUAACGGCAGCGGCAGGCCCCCCUGGCCACCCUUGGAGUACCAGCCCUACCAGAGUGUCUACGUCGGGGGCCUGAUGGGCGAGGUCGAGGGGAAGGGCCAGCUCCUGCGCAGCCAGAGUGCCUCUGAGCCAGAGAAGCGCCUCACCUGGCCGCGCAGGUCUUACUCCCCCCGCAGCUUCGAGGACAGCGGUGGAGGCUACACCCCGGACUGCAGCUCCAAUGAGAACCUCACCUCCAGCGAGGAGGACUUCUCCUCGGGCCAGUCCAGCCGCGUGUCCCCCAGCCCCACCACCUACCGCAUGUUCCGGGACAAGAGCCGCUCGCCCUCGCAAAACUCGCAGCAGUCCUUCGAGAGCAGCAGUCCCCCCACACCGCAGUGCCAGAAAAGGCACCGGCAGGGCCAGGUCGUGGUGUCCGAGGCCACCAUCGUGGGUGUCCGCAAGACUGGACAGAUCUGGCCCAGCGAUGGGGACAGCUUGCAUGGAGAACCAGAUGCCACAUUCGGGACACCACCUGGCUACGGCUGUGCUGCAGACCGGGAUGAGGAGCAGCGGCGGCACCAGGAUGGGCUGCCAUACAUUGACGACUCACCCUCCUCCUCCCCGAACCUCAGCAGCAAGGGCAGGGGCGGCCGAGAUGCACUGGCUGCGGGAACCUCAGAGUCCACCAAAGGGGGUGAGCUGGACUUGGAGAAGGGCUUGGAGAUGAGAAAAUGGGUGCUGUCUGGAAUCCUGGCUAGUGAGGAGACAUACCUGAGCCACCUGGAGGCACUGCUGCUGCCCAUGAAGCCAUUGAAAGCUGCAGCCACCACCUCUCAGCCGGUGCUGACUAUUCAGCAGAUCGAGACCAUCUUCUUCAAAGUGCCGGAGCUCUACGAGAUCCACAAAGACUUCUAUGACGGGCUCCUCCCCCGCGUGCAGCAGUGGGGCCACCAGCAGCGCGUGGGCGACCUCUUCCAGAAGCUGGCCAGCCAGCUGGGUGUGUACCGGGCCUUUGUGGACAACUAUGGCGUUGCCAUGGAGACAGCAGAGAAGUGCUGCCAGGCCAACGCUCAGUUUGCAGAAAUCUCGGAGAACCUGAGAGCCAGGAGCAACAAGGACUCCAAGGACCAGACAACCAAGAACUCUCUGGAAACCCUGCUCUACAAGCCUGUGGACCGGGUGACACGCAGCACACUCGUCUUGCACGAUCUGCUGAAGCACACGCCACCCAGCCACCCUGAUCACCCGCUGUUGCAGGACGCCCUCAGGAUCUCGCAGAACUUCCUCUCUAGCAUUAACGAGGAGAUCACGCCCCGCCGGCAGUCCAUGACUGUCAAGAAGGGGGAGCACCGGCAGCUGCUGAAGGACAGCUUCAUGGUGGAGCUGGUGGAGGGUGCCCGCAAACUACGCCACGUCUUCCUCUUCACUGACCUGCUGCUCUGUGCCAAGCUCAAGAAGCAGGGUGGAAGCAAAACCCAGCACUAUGACUGCAAGUGGUACAUUCCGCUCACGGACCUGAGCUUCCAGACGGUGGAUGAGACAGAAGCGGCACCCAACCUCCCCCUGGUGCCGGACGAGGAGUUGGAUGCCAUGAAGAUAAAGAUCUCCCAGAUCAAGAAUGAGAUCCAGAGGGAGAAGAGAGCGAACAAGGGCAGCAAGGCCAUCGAGAGACUGAAGAAGAAGCUUUCUGAACAGGAGUCGCUACUGCUGCUCAUGUCUCCCAACAUGGCCUUCAGGGUGCACAACCGCAACGGCAAGAGCUACACGUUCCUCAUCUCCUCCGACUACGAGCGUGCUGAGUGGAGGGAGAAUAUCCGAGAGCAGCAGAAAAAAUGCUUCAAAAGUUUCUCUCUGACCUCAGUGGAGCUGCAGAUGCUGACCAACUCGUGUGUCAAACUUCAGACCGUCCACAACAUUCCACUGACCAUCAACAAGGAAGAUGAUGAGUCUCCCGGGCUCUACGGGUUUCUGAAUGUCAUUGUCCACUCGGCCACUGGAUUUAAGCAGAGUUCAAAUCUGUACUGCACUCUGGAGGUGGACUCUUUUGGGUACUUUGUGAACAAAGCGAAGACCCGCGUCUACAGGGACACGGCUGAGCCAAACUGGAACGAGGAGUUUGAGAUUGAACUGGAAGGUUCCCAGACCUUAAGAAUCCUGUGCUAUGAGAAGUGUUACAAUAAAACGAAGGUCACCAAAGAGGAUGGCGAGAACACGGACCGGAUCAUGGGAAAGGGCCAGGUCCAGCUGGACCCCCAGGCAUUGCAGGACAAAGACUGGCAGCGGACCGUGAUCACCAUGAAUGGGAUUGAAGUUAAACUCUCGGUCAAGUUUACCAGCAGAGAGUUCAGCUUAAAAAGAAUGCCGUCCCGAAAGCAAACAGGGGUUUUCGGAGUCAAAAUCGCUGUGGUCACCAAGAGAGAGAGGUCCAAGGUGCCCUACAUCGUGCGCCAGUGUGUGGAGGAGAUCGAGCGCCGGGGCAUGGAGGAGGUGGGCAUCUACCGUGUGUCCGGAGUGGCCACAGACAUCCAGGCGCUGAAGGCAGCCUUUGACGCCAAUAACAAGGAUGUGUCGGUGAUGAUGAGUGAAAUGGAUGUCAAUGCCAUUGCUGGCACAUUGAAGCUCUACUUCCGGGAGCUGCCUGAGCCCCUCUUCACCGACGAGUUUUACCCCAACUUCGCCGAGGGCAUUGCUCUUUCAGACCCCGUGGCAAAGGAGAGCUGCAUGCUGAACCUGCUGCUGUCGCUCCCGGAGGCCAACCUGGUCACCUUCCUCUUCCUUCUGGACCACCUCAAAAGGGUGGCAGAAAAGGAAACCGUUAACAAGAUGUCCCUGCACAACCUUGCCACCGUCUUCGGCCCCACGCUGCUCCGGCCCUCAGAGAAGGAGAGCAAGCUCCCUGCCACACCCGGCCAGCCCAUCACCAUGACCGACAGCUGGUCCCUAGAAGUCAUGUCCCAGGUCCAGGUGUUGCUGUACUUCCUGCAGCUGGAAGCCAUCCCUGCCCCAGACAGCAAGAGACAGAGUGUCCUCUUCUCCACCGAAGUCUAAGGCCACUCACCUACACAAGGCGGCAGAUGUCCGGAAGGCCUCUGGCAAGACAGACCAUCUGCAGAGCGGGAACCGAACCUUCUCAAGGUUCAAUUGGCUACCCUGAAGAGCCAGGCCAUCUGCCCAGAGACAGCAACCCGAGGCAAAGUUGGUCCAGGGUGCCUGGACAGUUCUGGGCCCUGUGGGUCUUAGGCCCAGACUGGCCUCCCAACUGUGGUUCUCCAACCGCCCACGAGAGGGCGCCCCAAACCAGUGCAUCUCAGUACAAGCCUGGCAGGGGCUGCCACCACAGUGGUGGUUUUUGUGAACUUAAUUUAUCAGAGUUUAAAAGAUUUCUACUGGAUUCCUUGUCAAGAUGCACCCUUCCUGGGGACAGGGGAACAUGGCUAGAUUCCCCCACUCUUGUGUCUUGAAUAAAUGCUGCUGCUGCUGCUGCUUCAUAACGUGGGGGCUGCAGCCCAGUCCCUCAUGGGUGGGGGUCCUUAGGUUGCCCUGACUUAGACACUCGACUGUGUCCAUGACAGGGUUAAAAAGCUCAGUCAACACUGUGUAGCAUCUGGCCCCUUGCUGCCUUUCUCCCUUCUCUUUCUAGAGGGUUUCUGUGCAGAAAUGGCUCUCCCCUUUCUGUCCUGUGGCUCUGUGGUUGCUGUCUCUUUGCCUCAGCGCCAUAUGGAUUUGUGUGAUGUCUUCUGACUGGACGCUGAAGGGAGGGGUCCAAAUGGUGCACUUUACAGUUUGUUCCCCAGGGAGAGUGGCCACGUCCUCCAGGCUGACUGCCCAGUGGGCACACACUCUCAUUCUCAGCUCAUGAAGGCCUCAUUUCUCUGGCUUCCUCGAGCCUUUGUGCCCUGCACCCACACCCCACCAUCCACUUAUCCUUUCCCACACAGAGCUCUCCCUGUCCUGCUUUCUCCCUGCUGGGCACAUUCAGUCCACUUUUGUAAACAUCCCCUCUUGGCAGCUGCAUGCUGACAGCCUGCUUUAAACUUUGAUCUGAACAGCCUUUUGAUACUUGAAUAUUUUUAAGUUUUAUACACAGUUUCUAAUUUUUUUUCCUAACAGAUUCAGAUUCCUAAUAAGAUAUUAGAAUGUACUUGUUGGACAUCCUGUGUCCGGGCAGCAUUUUUGUCUUCCUCUGAGUACCAGCUCUGUUGUCAUCAGGAGCCAUCCCUGAAGUUUCCAGAACAUUCCGAGUGUGGAGGGUUGGGAUCGGGGCUGCUGCAGGGGCCGGCACAAGGGCACCCUGGGCACCAGUGUACCCGCUGGGACAUCCUUGGUAACCUCUGACCAUCCUGACUUAAAAAAAGGAGAAUUGGGGAGGCCACUAGUGUUUUGAGAAAACCAAUCCAGGAACAAUCAUGUCAUUUUAAAAAGAAGAUGCAUGGGGUUAAGAAAAAAGGAGAGGAAACUAUGAGAGGCAGAGUUCCUGUGCCGGUCUUACAGGAGAAGAGGAUGUAGCUCACCCAGGGAGGGAAGUGAUGGUUUGACUCAGGAAGGCCUGCUGGUCAUCACCGGAUUCUGCCUUCGGAGGACCCAGCAGCACUGUCCAGGAGGGGAGAGGGCUUUCCCCUUGUGUCCAGCAGCAGCACCUGUGGGAACCAUGAUAGCAGGUGGCUGUGUGCCCCUGCCUGCCCUCUGCUGUGGAGCUGCCAAGGCCAGAAAAGGGGCUAGGAAACAGUGUUAGACAAGGGAGGAAACCAAGUCACUUGGAGGCUUUCUGUCUGUGUGUGGUAUUUAUUUAGUUGUCCUUUUUUUCUCAAAAAGAAGGUAGCCCCACUGUGUUGAAACAAGGCCGCUGUCCUGGGCACAAGGUAGGGAAACCAAAUCCUCUGUGCCCCGUCCAUUUCAAGAUUCAGUGCCCCACACCCUGCCCACCUGUGCAGCCCAGGCCUGGGGCACAAGCCCAGGUUCCGGCUGUCCAUCCCCACCAGGGGAACAUGUUUGGCCAAGGAGAGCUGUGCAGGCCCUUGCUUCUAUCUCCUCCUGUGCCUCCUGGUUUGUAUUUGUUGCGUUGAAACUGGAAAGCAAUAUAUCGAUGUCUGUGCCAAUUUUUGUUCUGCCCCCGCCUCUUUGCGCUUUUAUUUAUAGGGGACAUGUAAUGUCAGAUGACUGAGUGACUGCUCUCUCAUGUCGCUGUAAGGACGCUGCCCUCCACAGAGCCACCAUGCGACUUGCUUUGCGUAUCACCACCUCCGUGGUCCUGUCUAACUCACGGGUAUGCAGCUCUGCCAGCUAUCUCGUCAAAGUCAGGGUGUGUCCACUCCGGCAGGCCGCAUGGGGCUAGAACGUGCUGUGUUCUGUGGGCCAAGCAAGGGAAGGCCUAGCCCCAGACACAGCCCUGCCCAAGGCCUGGCUGCUGACCCGCCAACAGGGAGGGGUGCCGUCCUGCUCGCUGCUCCCUCUCACAGCCUGGCCUCUGGUGGGCAGCGCUGGUCUCUUAGCAGCUUCAUUUCUGCUCUUGAGCUCAGCCUCCUGUGGCUCUACCACAAGGAGGAAGAAUUGCUGUGUGCUCAGAAAUCAACCAGAAAAUGACAAGUUCAUUAAAGUCACAAGAGACUACUUGCUUUAGUGGUGGUUGCUGAAUUUAGAAAAAUAGUCACUCGGCCCUCAGGGAGGAGCCCCUUAGCUGCUGGAAUGGGGUCUGGGGUACACAGUGAAGGGGCAGUGUGCUCUGCUGUGGAGGAGCCAGGACUGGCGAGGUCUAGUAGCCACAGGCAGGCACCAGUCAGGCCAUGUGGGAACACACGGAGCAGCAGUAACCGCCCAGCAUGGGCCAGUCUGGUCUGGGCCAGAGGUGACCAGGCCGUGGUUGAGGUUGACCAGACUCUGCUUGGGCAGUGCUGCUCUGGCCCUGCAGGGCAGACGAACAGAUGGAAGAGGGACAGCCAGGCUGGGGCUUCCAUGUAGCACGUGCCGAGCUCCUCGUCCCGUCCCUGCUGUGCUGAGCCCUGGGGUAGGCAGGCUCUAGCCUUACACGGCCUGGGCCUGUGUCACUUUCAGCUGUGGCUCUGGCCUGAGCCCCUCAGUCUCGGGCUAAGGUUCGGCAGAUGGCCUAGGUGUCCAGGGAGACCUGAGCACAGGCCAUCCCUCGCCCCCUCAGGCCUUGUGCUCAGAGAAGCCCUGCCCAGUUUAUGGGGAGCUUCUCUUGGGGUAGAGACAGGUGUUGGACACGGUUCUACUGUGAUGGGCAGAGCCAAGGGGAAGCCAGCUCAUACCGUCUGGCCAGCCUAGGGGCCCUUGGCAGUGCUGUGUUGGCCACCCACUGAACCCCAAGGCAGUGAUGCCAGUCUACAAAGGGUGGGUGCCCUGGGGUCACCCUCAGACUCCUGGAAGGUGGGCUCCUUUGCUGCCUAGCCAGCUGACCAACCCAGAUGAGGCUUGCUUACAGGGCCUUUUGCCUAGAGCCAAGAGUGUGGGUCUGCCAACUUGUCCCCAAACUCUCUACCCGGCUGUGUCACCUUUGCCGUUUCCCUGGAGAUUAGAGGGAUGCAGGGGUGUCCUAGGGAGAGGUGGGGCCAGAGAACAGGGCUGGUGAGGUCACACCCAAGGUCUCAACAUGAUGCCCCAGGGGUGCACCCCCACCCUUGGUUCCUUGAAGGUGUCUCCAUGAGGUAUGAGGACAGACAUUGGGGCCUGCCUGCCUUGGAGAAGCUGCUGUAAGCCCUGCUGUCCUGUCUACACUGACCUCUGAGGAGGACAGGGCUGGCUGCCUUUGGCCUUGCUCCUCUGCGGGGCUCCUGAGGGGCCAGCCAGCUCGCUCUCCCUGCCUUUCUGGUCCUAUUUAAAAAACUGUUGAACACCCACACACACAACACUUUUGCCUCUUACAAGGGCUUGAUGUUUUGGGCAAGAGUCCUAGGACAUUCCUGAGAGGCGUGUGUGUCUAGGGCAAAGCCCAGGCCAGUGGAAUGGCCCAGAAGUAGGUUCACUCGUGGCUCCCCUGAAUGCGAGAUUAUCAGGACCAAAGAGCUCUCAGAGACCUAACCCAGUGCCUUUACUUGAUAGAUGGGGAAGCUGUGGCCCACAAGGUGUCCUGCCGCCCCAUCCCAGCAUCUGUGGCUGGCCAAGAGCAGAGGCUGGGUAUGUGUCCUAAUGGAGUCCCAAGCUCGCUCCCUUUCUGCUGGACAAGACAAGCCAAGGCCUCUGCCACCAGCCUCUGCGCCCCCCCACCCGCCACCGGCGCCAGUAUCUCAUAUGUGCGCGUGCACACACACACCCAUGCAGAUAAAGGGAGAGUAAAGAUUUGGUACAGAAAACCCCACUCACUUUAAAAGGAAAUAUUUACAUGGACUAAUGAUGGGUGGCACGAACAGCUCUGGAAAGAUAAACGUGAAAUGUGAGGGUGACACCCAGUUCUUGAGAGGUCCAGUGGUCUCCACGAAUGUCCAUCACGGUCACCCUGGGUAAAGGGGUGGGCUGUAGAGCUCUGCUGGCCAGUUCUGGAAUGGGAGGGGGGUUGUGGUCAGCAGCAGCAGAGCCCUGCAUCCCCCAGGUCUCCUGGGGAUAGAAUGGCCAGCCGGGGCCACAGCAGAGAUGGGGAGCUGGGAGUGGGUCCACGAGAGGCAGGUCCUUAUUGCAGUUCUCCAAGGUGUCCAGAUCAGGGGGGACUGCUGCUUUGGAGACUCAAGACUGGAUGCUGAGUUCCCUGGACUCUGCAGCUCAGCCCAACACCCCACUGCAACACACACGAGAGGCACUCCGGCCAGGUCUCCAACUAGCAUAGGAGUCUCGCGGAGCCCCAGCCUCCUUGACCCCUUUUCCAUUCCUUUCUAUGGGCAGCACUGGGCAGGGAUUGACAGAAACUCACCCUGGAAGUUGUCAGGCACUUUGCCAGAACUUGGGAGUCCCUGGGUGAUGCAAAUGGUGAACGCGCUUGCUGCAAACUGGAAGGCUGGAGGUUCGCGUCUACUCAGUGGUGCUUUGUAGGAAAGACCUGGCAGUCUACUUCUGAAAAACCAGACAUUGAAAACCCUGUGGAGCCCAGUUCUACUCUGACACACCUGGGGUUGCCAUGAGUCAGAGUCGACAGCAAGUGGUAUACUAAACCGUGCAACACACAUCUACCUAUCUACCUAAAAAAACCUACCUGUUAUCUAUCUAGAGUUCCUGGGUGGUGCAGGCAGGUAGGCACUUGCUGCUAACCAAAAGGUUGGAGGUUCAAGUCUGCUCAGAUGUGCCUUGGAAGAAAGGCCUGGCAAUCUACUGAAAAAUCAGCCAUUGAAAACUCUGGAACACAGUUCUACUCUGACACCUAUGGGGUCACCACGAGUCAGGGUCAACUCUGUGGUCACAGUUACUUCACUGUUGAAACUUAAGCCCAGCAACUGAGGACAUGUAGGUUCCAGUCACACAGUAGCUGCUUCAACCCCAGAGGAAGAGGCACCAGGAUGGUGGCUCCUAGAGAGUCCCUGCCUGGGACAAGUCACCCCAGACUCAGGGACUCCCCCAAGGAGCGAGAGCACUUCAGUGACCAGGCAUGAAACCCCUGGCGCAGCCCCGAGGGCUGGUAAUGGAAAUCCAGUGCCCCGUGAUCCCCAUCUCCACCCCUGAGGGGAAUGGGGCCAGGUGGAGAGAAACAGUGGGGGAGGGGGAAGUGGUGCUGCUGCUUCUGUUUCCUGUAAGGAAUAUUGACAGUCUUGUGGGGUGGCGAUCAGAAGUCAUGCAGAGCAAAUGAAGGUAUCUCUGACCUUGGUGUGUACGCUCCAUUAGAAAAAUACUGCUGACUGACAUUUCCCUAGUGGACCUCUUUCUGGUGACAUUAGCGGCUGUAGCGUUGCCUCUGUCCACAGCAACCCCUGGCACAAUGGAACAGAACACUGCCUGGUCGUGUGCCAUCCCCAUGAUUGGUUGGGAACUGGACCGUUGUGCUUCAUAGAGCUUUCAUCGGCUGAUUUUCAGAAGUAGAUCUCUAGGACUUCCUUCCCAGUCCUCUUAGUCUGAAAGCUCUCAUGAAACCUAUUCAGCAUCAUAGCAAUAUGCAAGUCUCCAGUAACAGGUGGUGGCUGUGCUUGAGGGGCACUGGCUGGGAAUCAAACCCGGGUCUCCCACACGAUGCCCAACCAGACCAACCCACUGGGCUGCACUAAAUCCCUCCUCUGCCAGGUCACCCGGCGUGGACACCCCACCACCACCACCACUUCCUGCUGCCACCCUGGAGUUUUCAGUCCCCACAGCUCCAUUGGCCACGGACCCAACCUUGAACCAGUGCCUCUCCCCUGCUGCUCCAUGUCCACGCCUUCUCAGAGAGGCCCACCCCCAGCUGUUGUCUGACCACCAGAGGAAAGGCACUGUCACCCCGCAUCCAGAGCCAGUGAGCGUCUCUGACAGACAUAUGCCACUGCAGUCUCCUCCACCUACAGUCAACGAAAAGCUCUCCAUUCCAGGGUCAUCCCAUGACUCUUCUUGGUGCUGUGAGUGCAGCCACUGCCAGGCGUAACCUGUGAAACAUCCACACGUCCACCACGUUUUUGCUCAUGUCGCUGGAGAAGUUCCCUACACCUUUCGAGGUCAAAGCCCCCCACCUCAGCCACUCAGACACAGGACCCACACCUUGAGAUCCUAACUUGGGGUCACAGCCUGC